AUGGCAAGAUCAGAUCCGAGUCGGCCACCGCUGCCUCCUUCGCUCUAUUACCAGAAGGAACCGUCCUCUGAAGAGCAGCCAGAGCACUCUGAGCCUCCACAGCAUCAGAAGGACAAGACCGAGGCGCCCAGGAAGCAGGCUUCGAACAAGCAAAAGUCCAAGAAUGCGAGCAUCGUCUCGACAUGCAAGAAUCUGUCAACCAUGACCCGUCUGACCGAGCACUCCGAGGAAGGGGGAGUACAGUGGCCUGGUAAGCGCGGAUGCUGCGGCGUGUAUCACUCCAGAACUUACUGGGGGCGAACGGGAUUCGGCAAACAGACCUAUGGUGUCUGCUGCUCAAGGGCAGAGCUGUACCUAUCCCAGUUUCAUACUCACUGA